UUCAAGCGUUCAGCGGUACAGAUUGAGGAAUUACAGUUAAUCAUGACAGACUCUGAAAGUGUAAGUAGUGGAACAAACUUCUUAGAGCGGAGGGCUCGUGAAAGAUGGCUGAGUGAGACAGAAUGUCACGAAGAACACCUGAGACUCGCUGAUUACGUCAAGGGGGUCCAUGCCGAUCUGAGGAAGAAAUUUAAAAGUAGUUCAGGAGAGGGAGACCUGGAGAGGAUCUGGAUUGAACACUGCGGGAACAAGACUGUGUUGUCUCAAUAUGCAGACGCUAUGCACACCCUAGCAACCGAGCACUGGACCAAGAAUCAAGAAACCAGAAUAGACUGGUGUCGAGAGGUUACACAUGAGUAUUUCAUGAAGGGCGGACUUCAAAAGGUACUGGACAAAGAAAGAGAAAGCUGCAACAUGAAGAAACCAAAAAAAAGCUGCAGCUUUAAAAACAGAAACAAGUGCCUCUUCUGAUGAAACGAAGAAUACAGACGAUGAAGCUAUUACAGAAUAUAGGGUGUCCAAAAAUGACAGUGAAGACUUAUCAAUUUCUCUUCAGCAGCUCUCACAUAAAAGCGAAACUUUUGUUAGUGACGUUGAUCAAAAGUUGAUUCCUGGUCAGUUGUCAAACAUUCAUGAACCCUUUUUAGAAACAUUGAUCCCAAUGGGACUGCAGAAGCUAGUCUGAAGAGUUCUUUGAUUGACAGUGAGGAUGCAGUAUUGCCUGGUAGCCAAGCAAGAGAUGGCUAUGCCUUAGAUGCUAGCAGUUGUAUGGACAACACCACCUUUGCAGCUGGAACAUUGGGGGACGUCAUACCCCAGAAGUAUUCUUGCAGCAGAGUGUAAGUAUGGGUUGAAAAGUCUUCACUAUAGUCCCAAAACUAAUAGUAGCCUUCAGAUCUGGUACUCCUGUUAUCCUGUAAGUAUAACUGGCCCAAAAUACAGAAAUCCUGUAAGUAUAACUGGCCCAAAAUACAGAAAUCCUUUGUAUAACUGGCCCAAAAUACAGAAAUCCUGUAAGUAUAAUUUGCCCAAAAUACAGAAAUCCUGUAAGUAUAACUGGCCCAAAAUACAGAAAUCCUGUAAGUAUAACUGGCCCAAAACACAGAAAUCCUGUAAGUAUAACUGGCCCAAAAUACAGAAAUCCUGUAAGUAUAACUGGCCCAAAAGACAGAAAUUCUGUAAAUAUAACAGCCCAAAAUACAGAAAUCCUAUAAGUAUAAUUUGCCCAAAAUACAGAAAUCCUGUACGUAUUACUGGCCCAAAAUACAGAAAUCCUGAAAGUAUAACUGGCUCAAAAUAUAGAAAUCCUGUAAGUAUAAUUUGCCCAAAAUACAGAAAUCCUGUAAGUAUAACUUGCCAAAAUACAGAAAUCCUGUAAGUAUAACUGGCCCAAAAUACAGAACUCCUGUAAGUAUAAUUGGCCCAAGAUACAGAAAUCCUGUAAGUAUAACUGGCCCAAAAUACAGAUCUCCUGAAAGUAUAACUGGCCCAAAUAAAGAAAUCCUGUAAGUAUAAUUUGCCCAAAAUACAGAAAUCCUGUAAGUAUAACUGACCAAAAAUAACAGAUACAGAUGGCUGACACAUUUCUAGUGAGACCAGCUUGAUUUAGCAAGAAAUCUCUGUCCUUGUUAAAUGUGAUUUGUAAUUUCAUGAUAUUAUGCUACAUAUUGCAAAGAGCUGACACAUUUUUGCUGAGACUAGCUUGAUUUAGCUAGAAAUUGCAGUCCUUUUUUAAAAAA